AUGAAGAUCAAGGGUUUGAUUUUGGCUUCUUCUCUUCUGAUUCUUGCCUUCCUUCAUCACUCAGAAUCAGCUUCCAUGAGGAGUUUGCUGAUGAAGAAUGGAUCGUACAAAGAAGAAGCACAAGUUCUAAAGUACAACUCCACAGAAACGAUCAUUAACUCUACAGCUUUAGACUCAAAACGGAUAAUUCCCACGGGUCCAAAUCCACUUCACAACAGGUAA